CGGUGUCGAAGACGACGAGGCUAGACAUCGAAUCCGUGUUACCGUCUCAACAGUGAACCAUUCCAUUCGACAGUAUCCACGUCUCCUCUACCAUGACGAAUACCGACAAGAAUCCACCAAAGGCGAAGAGGGUUUCUCUCGGGGUCGGCGGUGCCUUGGUGGAGCUGCCGCAGGAUCCAGAACGGGGUAGCUGGGCCAACCCCAUCGAGUUUGUUCUAUCCUGCAUCGGGUAUGCCGUUGGCAUUGGCAAUGUUUGGCGUUUCCCUUACCUUGUAUAUCGUAAUGGCGGUGGAGCUUUUUUAAUUCCGUUCGUCCUAAUGCUGAUAACCAUGGGAUUGCCGAUAUUCUUUCUGGAACUCGCGGUUGGACAGUAUUCCGGGCUUGGCCCUAACGAGGCGUUCACACGUAUGGCGCCAGCACUUGAGGGCCUCGGUUAUUGCACCCUCGUCGUCAUUUUGUUCGUAAUAGUGUACUACAUGGUGAUCGUAGCCUGGACACUCUUCUACACGUUCGUCUCGUUCGUGCCUAAGCUCAGUUGGGCUUACUGCGACAACGAUUUCAACACGAACAAUUGUUACAGCGGCCUGCAAGAGAUCCAGUGUCAAACGAAUGAUUCCAAAAUGAUAUUUUACAACAAGACCUGCACGCCGGCCAAUCUGGUAUGCGAGAGCCUUGGUUUUCAUCAGGGCGGCAAUGUCACGCAUUGCUUUCACGAAGACGGAGCUAAGCCUCUUCAACAGCUUUACACGCGGGUCCUGUCUUCCGAGGAAUAUUUCAAUGACUACGUAUUGGGUCUGCACGGAGCCACGUGGGAACAUUUCGGAGGCAUAAGGUGGGAAUUGUUAGGAUGCCUCACCCUCGCCUGGAUAAUCUGCUUCCUGUGCCUGAUGCGUGGUGUCCAGUCCAUCGGGAAGGUCGUCUACUUCACUGCCCUUUUCCCUUACGUCAUGCUUACCGUGCUAUUGAUACGAGGUGUCACACUGGACGGUGCUUCAGAGGGUUCUCUUUGGUUUAUCACACCGAAAUGGUCGACACUACAAUCUCCUAAUGUUUGGGCGGACGCUGCUUCUCAAGUUUUCUAUUCACUUGGCAUCGGUUGUGGAUCUUUGAUCACUCUCUCCAGUUAUAGUAACUUCAACAACAAUUGUCACAGAGACGCGAUUUUCGUCACGCUCACGAACCUGCUCACGUCCAUUUUCGCCGGUUUCGUGAUCUUCUCGAUCAUGGGAUUUCUCAGCCUUCAGAUGGGCAUUCCGAUCGAGCAGGUGAUCCAAAGCGGAACAGGACUUGCUUUUAUCGCGUACCCGGAAGCCGUGGCACGGAUGCCGUUGCCUAAUCUCUGGGCGGUGCUGUUCUUCGUGAUGCUGUUCAUCCUCGGUAUUGGUAGCCAGUUCGCAGGCGUGCAGGCGAUAAACACCGCCAUAUUGGACCUGCGACCAGAUUUACGAAAACACGAGACCUACGUAGUACUAGGGAUAUGCGUCACUUGCUGGCUCCUCGCUAUACCGAUGGUGUUCGACGGUGGUAUUUACCUAUUCACGCUGAUGGACUGGAACACGGCUUCUUGGGCUAUACUAUUGAUCGGCAUUGCCGAGGUCGGCGUGGUAGGCUGGUGUUACGGCUGCAACAAAUUCCUGCGUAACAUAGCCGAAAUUUUGCUACGCGGUUAUUGGUGGCUCAGCUGGGUCGUGCUCGCGCCUAUCACUUGUCUGGCGGUGUUCGUGUAUCAAAUAUGUACGUACGAGUUGCCUCGUUAUGGCAAGUACAUAUUUCCCGGCUGGGCGAAUGCGAUCGGAAUACUGAUCGGCCUGUCGACCCUCGCACCGAUGCCCUUCUUUUUCAUCCGUCGCCUCUGGAAAGGUCCGAGGGACCGGAGUUUGUUUCGACCAAAGAAGACGUGGGGACCAGCGAUGGAUAAAAAUGCAGGUAACGAUACUCCAUCCACGGCGUCCGUCAAGACCUCACAACCGUCCGGGGAUAAACCGCACGAGGAUUGCGUUUAG